AUGCACGUCAAAGGACAUCGGAACAAUCCAGGAAAAGAGUUCCAGGGAAAUCGACAAGCGGACCAAGUGGCAAAGCAGAUUGCCAGAGAGGUAUGGACUCAAUUAGCUUUGCUACCGGCUCGGGGCAACCCUGCAGCUGCAUACAUGGAAGACAAACCACAUUACUCGCCAGAGGACGAGAAGCUGGCUCGGAUGUUGCAGGCACGAAAGAACAUCAAGGCCAGAAGCAGCUGCAGGCAUCUGAGCAGCUUGGCUGGGCUGCCUGGCAUGGCACAAAGAUAUCACUGGGUCGUAUUACCGCAGGGAAUGAAGAACUCCCCAACAAUGUGUCAAAAUUAUGUUGCCUGGGCCCUUCAGCCUUUACGAUUGCAAUUUCCUGAGUUGAUUAUCUGUCAUUAUAUGGAUGACAUUUUAAUGUCAGGGAGAACACUCAAUCACGACGAUGUUUUAGCUCAUGUAAAACAGAUUGUAGAAAAACGUGGUCUAAAAAUUGCUCCAGAAAAAGCUUGCCAUGGGAUGGUGGACAGGACAUCAGCACCCUCAAAGAGCCUGCUGUUGGGAUUGAUCUGUGGAGGGAAAAUGCCCCAAAGAAAAGGCUUGGAGAAUCACACUGCUGGACCUGCAUUCAUUCUCCUGGGAUUUUCUGACCACUCCAGCCUGCAGGGCCUGCGCUUCACAGUCUUCCUGCUCAUCUACCUGGUGGUCCUCACAGGGAACAGCCUGAUUGCACUCAUCACAGUGCUGGACUCAAGCCUCCACAUCCCCAUGUAUUUCUUCCUGAGGAACCUGUCCUUCCUGGAGAUCUGCUACACAUCAGUCACUCUGCCAAAAAUGCUGGUGGGUUUCCUGAUGGGAGAUGGCAGGAUCUCCUUCCUUGGCUGUGCUGCCCAGCUCUACUUCCUGGAUUCGCCGGGCAGCAUCGAAUGCCUUCUGCUGGCUUCCAUGGCCUAUGACCGCUACACAGCCAUCUGUGACCCUCUGCACUACAGCCUCAUCAUGAGCAGGGGGCUCUGUGUCACACUGCUGGUGGGAUCAUGGAUGGUUGUUGUACCAGUGCAAGUAGUUCAGACCUACCAGGUGUUCACUUUGCCCUUCUGUGCAUCCCACGACCUUCAUCACUUCUUCUGUGAUGUUCCUCCUCUGCUGGAACUGGCCUGUGCAGACACUUUCUGGAACCAAGUGACUCUGUACACCAGCAUCCUGGUUUUCGCAGUCCUUCCCUUUUCCUUGAUAGUUCUUUCUUACACUAAAAUGAUCAGGGCAGUUCUGAAAAUGCCUUCAGUUGUUGGCAGACACAAAGCCUGUUCCACCUGCUCCUCACACCUUGGGGUGGUCACUCUCUUCUAUGGCUCAGCUGCAGUGUUCUACUUCAAGUGACGCUCAAGGGACUCUGUAGACACUGACAAAUACUUUGCCCUGUUUUACACAGUUGUGACCCCUGUGUUUCACCCUGUCAUCUUUAGCCUGAGGAACAAGGAGGUGAGAAUUGCCUUGAAGAGACUCCUAUGGACAAAGCGAUACUGCAGGGUGGUGAAUACAGUCCCAAAUAGUAAUAGAUAUCGUGGUGUAGUACAUGGUUGCUUGAUCACAGAUUCUUCCUAUUUGGUCAGACAAAAUCAGAUUUUCUGCUUGGCUCUGAUCCUGCUCAAGGUGGAAAGUGGUCUCCUGCUGCAUUUCUGUUAUGUCGUGCUCCACCGCGGAAUCUUUGUACUCCAGAGAACCUUCAGUGACCCUGAAGAGUUUAAUGAAAAUACCUACUUCAGGCUGUGUCUGAACAGGGUCACCAGUCAAGGGAAACAGUCAAAGCACAGACAGUAG